AUGAGGCGUUGCCCAGCCUCGCACAUUUGCGCGGCGGCUGGGGCAGAGCCGGAGAUCACCUCCUCUGACACGGUGCCCGUCUCGCUGCGUGUCACCCAGCACGUCAGUUUCGGGGAAGUGCUGAAGAUUGCAGGGCAGCCCCAUGCCCUGGGAGGGUGGCGGCUCACCCAUGCACCAGCCCUCAGAUGGUCGGAAGGCGAUGUGUGGACCCUGGACCUGGAUUUGCCAGCUGGAAAGCACGAGUACAAGCUGGUGAUCCACAACGAGAGUGCAGAUGUGGCGUACUGGGAGCAGGGGAACAACCGCACCUUCACGGUGUCCGAGCAGUGUGAUGCGCCCCUCGUCCUUGAGUUCAAUUCCGUGGAAGUCAUCACGGAGACCGCCGAUGAGCUGAACGCCGUCUCUGACUCGCAGCUCAGCGCUGACGAGGCCAACCCCCCGACGGCUGCUGCCGAGGAGCCCACAGCGGCCAAGGCAGGGUCUGCUGCCCCCCCAGCUGCAGAGGAAGCCAGCGAGGCAGCCAUCGAUGCCCCUGUCUCGUCUCCUGCUCUGGAGAAGGAGGCCGAGGCGCCGUCGGCAGCUGCCGCUGCGGUUUCUUCUUCGACGAAGAAGGAGGAGGCCGGUGCGCCUUCCAGCUCGUCGGGUGCCGGGGCUUCAUCCAGCUCUGAGCCAUCGCAGACGCUCUCCGCGAGCAAGGCCGAGCCCGCUGCCGCGCAAAAGGAGGCCGCCAAGCAUGCGGCCGUGGACCCCGCCGCGGACGCCUUCAACCCCGCGCCCACCCCGACCACCGCCGCAAGUGAGAAGGAGGAGGCCGCCGCCACCGACGCAGCUGCGAAGAAGCUGGAGUCCCCGGCCGCGAAGCCAGAGAAUCUGGGCCAGCGGGUAAACAAGUUCUUUCAAAGGUGCCGCAGUAUGCCCUUGUAUGCCCUGCCACGCCCCUUCCUAUGGGCGCUGGGGAGUCUCUGUGGCGCCUCUCUGGCCCUCGGGAAGGCUGUGCUGCUCCGCCCACCAUCAAGCACCCACACCUUUUCCAAGCCGAGGAUGGUUGCGCCGCCGCAGGCCCUCCACGCCCAGAGGAAGGCCCGGCACACGACUCUUCACCAACCUACCCUCUCUGCCGCCUUGCGCAGACUGCUGGAGUGA